CCCACCCCCCGAAUUUUGUAGGUGCAUGGUCGGCCGAGGCGGCCAAGCCGGACAGAUGCCAAACAUCAGCCGCCUUGUGGAGGCCGUUUGUAUAGAGCUGUCCAGGAUUCACCUUGAAGGAACCACCAUCUGCGGCGUGAGGGUGAACCGCUGGGCAGCAGUAAUGCGCGAUUACAUCUGCAUUCAGGAGAAUGUCCUUACAAACCCAGUACUCGUGGCCCAGACACGUAUCCAGUUAUUCCCCCUCAAUCAGCACACCCUGGCACAAUGGCACUAUUCUCGCACCAAGGAGCUGGUACGGCGGGCUCUGGAGAUGACUGUGCCGUUGCCAAGCAGCUCGGCCCUUGCUUCAGAGCCCACCCCUGCCGUACGCCCACGGCCCCCGAGCAGUCCUCUGUGCAACAGUUUGAGUUCCGUGACCCACCUGACCGAGCAACCUCGGGGCCCCAUGGAUGUGGCACCACCCAUUGUUGGGCACCCCCCUGUGCCACAUGAAGCACCCGCCACCCAGCCACUCCCCCCGCCCGCUGACACUGCCAUUCCUCCGCUACCACCGCCACCGGCAGGACCUUCAGUACCCCGCACCACUGACUGGCAGCGCAAGAAAAAGCAGGUGGCGGACGAGCUGAGGCGACAACAAGGUAUCCCCCCCCAAACAAAGGAAGAAGGUGGAGGCCUAUGUUUGCCAGCGCUGUGGCCAUCCUAA